AUGGACCACGAUGUUGACGACGAUACCUUGCGCGAUCUGGAAGCGGGUCUAUAUCCUCAACGACGCCAUACCCGAGAUGCGUCUAACUCUGACUAUUGGUUGACCAAUAUGAAGAACAGCUUUACACGACCCGCCCUUGGCAUCUUUCAGAACCGAGUUUCAAGCCAUCAGCAUGCUAUACCAGGUUACGCGGAAGAUGACGACGACGUGCACGCGAACGACGAAGACCUGACAGGAAUGAACAUCAUGUUCCAGAUAGAUAACCAUUUGACCAAACUUGUCAAUCAUACGGAUUGCAGCGAACAAACUGGAGUGUCUUGUGUUUCCCCACGCAAUACCAUGUCCCCCAAUAAUUUCUGUUUUUACUCGCCUAUCGCAUCGUUACCUUCUGCGACUUCAAGCAAUACCCCUCCGCUCACUCCGGAUGCUUCCGUUGGCAUCCUGCAUACCACAUCGCCCGAGAUCGCCGAUACCCAGUCCAGCCUGUUGUUCUCUUCGCAUAUUACUCGCAAGACUCCAACACCGCCCCUAGAACCUGAGCAUGUAUGCCCUAAUGAUGAAGGAAAAAUGCCGGAGAGUCCUCGAUGCUUCGACAGUCGUAAAGCCGACAUCACCUUGGAUCCACUGCAAGAUGCCCAGCCGCCACGGAUAGAUGAUGGAUUCGAGGAAUGGUACUGGCUUGAUUAUGCGCUGAAACUCAGUCGCGGUGAUCGUUGCUCCUCUGAAAGCGAGCACCGUUCCGCAGGAGAGCCUUCCUAUAGUCGCAAGCCAUUUAUAACACUCCAUCGAUACGGAAUGUUUCCUCCGUCCCAUACAAAGGAAGACCAGGAACAUCUCCACUGGAGACGGAAGCACAGACAUCGUGACAGAGAAGAGGCUCGCCAGAGAAGACAAGCAAUGGCCGACCUCAGAUGA